AUGUCGGCUGGGUGGACCAAUUACUCGGUUGGCAAUGGUAGCCAGGCAGGCGAGGACGACGGUCCCGUCUCGGUGGGCGGUGACACGCCCGCGUGCGUUAGCUGCAAGCAACGCAAGCUGCGAUGCUCGCGCGAGACACCCUCGUGCUCGCAUUGCUUGAGGCUGUCCUCUGAAUGUGUUUAUCAGCCAAAGAACAAACCUGGGCUUAAGCCCGGAGCUGUUGAGGCGUUGACCCGCCGCGUCGCCUUUCUGGAGAGGAUACUGCUAGAUGAUGCGGGAAACAUCCGGCCACGGUAUAGAGACGAUGAUACCACGGCGAAUGGCCAUGGCGUCGCGCAUGAAAGCCCGAGUGCUGUAGAAGAACGCGCACCUCGUGUUGAGGAACACGCGCCGUAUGUCGCGCCUACUCCCGAUUAUAGCCACAACCACCAACCCGCAGAGGAUGGCUCCAGAGCUUCCGAAGAAGAGAACGGCGCGUCCAAUCCUCUCAAACGAAGAUUCGAAAUGCCAAUUGCUGAGAGUUGGCUUUUCCCCUUUGAAGAUGUUGAUAUCGCGCAGCAUUUGCCAUCUCAACCACUGCUCGAGAAGGUCGCAGACUUUUUCUGCGUCUCGUUCCAUCAUUGGAUCCCAUAUAUUCAUAAGGCGAGACUCCAAACGCGAGUGCGCCAAGGUUGCCAGGAUCCAGGACAUGUGUUGGUCCUUCAUGCUCUGGUCGCCGUUGCUUUGCGACACAUGGAGCCCAACGUACUAUACCUGGAUAAUGAUCAGAUCAUUCAGCAGACGAGGGUCUCCCGGAUGAUUGUGGAAACGCAUGCGAUGCGCAAUGUCACCAUCGAAAGCUUGCAGGCCCUCAUCUUUCUAGUCUUCGAUCUUCUCAAUGACGGACAAACACAAAGAGCGUGGCCGCUGAUCGGAUCGCUCACGAGGACUAUAGACUACCUCCAGCUUACUACUGAGCCAUCAACGUCGCAGUCGGGAUCACUCAUGACGCCUGUGCGGUUGGUGAAGCCCUCAAACGACUGGACGGAGUUGGAAGAGCGACGAAGAUUGUUCUGGAUCAUAUUUCUGCUCGAUCGAUAUUGUUCGGUGUCUACAGGAUGGAACACUAGUCUCACAGCAGAUGACGUGCACCGUCGGUUACCGGCAGACGGCGGUUUCUUCACCAGAGAAGAGCCGGUAACCACACCCUACUUCGGCAUCUGGAACAAGGCCGCCGCCCGCAUUGGGCGCUCACUGGCAAAUGUGCCCGCACAAUAUAACGAAGAGGACCCAGGAGUCGACCACUUGCCGCCAGGAGCCAGCCCCAAUUCCGCCAACGGCUACAUCGAUGCUUCCAAGCUAGGCGCAUUCGCAUACUGUGUCGAAGCAACCGAGAGUUUGAGUCAAGUGACGACAUUCUUCCUUCAACAAAGGAUCAACUGGCAAGACAAGGAGCAUGCAGUCAGUUGGCUGACACGCUUCAAGGAGCUAGACUUGAGGCUUGUGCAGUGGAAGAUCUUCUUGCCACCUAGGUGGAAGGACUCCAAUAUCUCGUCAGACAGGACUGUGGUUGACAUGGAUCCCAAUCUGACACUAGCACACAUUACGCAUAAUACCUCGAUGAUAUUGUUGCACCACCCAAUCGGAUACCCACCCCGCGGAUGGAACGACUUCGUCGCACUACCGAAAGAAUGCAGUGCCCAGACGUGCGAGCUCGCCGCCGUAGAAACUUCAAACAUCGUCGACAAAUUUCUUACCCACACUCCCAUACCCUUUGUUAACGUCCAAUUCUCAUUCUGUGCCUUCAUCGCCGCCAAAGCACUACUCUUCGAACACCAAGCCACCCGCAAACCUCUACGAUCAGAAUUCCACCGCCUAAUCCACAAUCUCGAGGAAAUGGCCGCAAGAUGGAAAGGGAAAAACACUGACGACGCGAAACCAAACAACCAAGCAGCUAUAUACGCAAACCACCUCAAACGACUCCUCGAAGCCUGUCAAAACGACGCAAAUUUCCGCUUCGACUUUUACGACCACAACGGCCUGACCCUCGACCCACAAAACUACGCCAGUCCGACUUACGCCGCAACACCACAAGCGCCAGUAUCAACAGCCCGGAAACGGAGUCCCGGUAUCUGGUCCAUCGCUCGCCCCGUACGGCAAUGCUAG